AUGCAUUCGACUGCCCCAAAAACCUCCGAUCUCGCUGGGCGAACCGAUCAUCGUCUUACUUAUGUGUUUCAAAUACUGGCUAACAUUACUGCUCACCACGACGCAUCACCUCCAGCAAUCGCGCACGGACCAUCCAACGGAUCUUGUGGCUCCCUUCUUCUCUGCGAGCCAAUUGAUGUGGUGCGCGAAUUUGAUCUUGCAGUGACGAAGAGUGAGGAAGAAACGCUUAAAGAUGAUGAUGAAGAUGUAGAGAUUGAUGUCUACAUUGAUGUGAUUGAAGUAGUUGUGGUUGUGAAUUCGUUGCGAGUUGCGAAAGAAAUUGCAGAAAAUGGAGCAAAGAAUGAUGAAGAUUUCAGAGGUAGCGACUUCAGUUAA